CUCUUGCAGUGGCUUGGAGACUGGAUGUUUCAGGCAUACAAAGGAACUGCUGGAGCAAGGAAAAGAGAAGCCCUCUGAAAAGUGAGGAUGUGCUGAGAAGCAACGGAUGGGACUUUACAACUCAAUUCAGUAAUCAAACAAAAGCUCCUUACGAAGAAGAGGCAUAGGAGACAUUCUAGGAAAACUGAGCAGGAUGAAGACACACAUUUCCUCCAGCUUUGUGGGUUGCCUUUUCAAAAUCCUACUGAUCCAACUCUCCAUUCUUCACCCAACUUCAGCUCCUCCACCACCAUCCGUGAGGCUUCCAGAAGAAGCAGCAGGAAAAGAACUGAUACCAUCACCCAUAAUUAAGUUUCCAGGUGACAGUUCUCCCAAAUCAGACAAAGAACUGGCAUUGCAAUACCUGAACAAGUACUAUGGCUGUCCCAAAGACAAGUGCAACCUGUUUGUGCUAAAAGACACUUUGAAGAAAAUGCAGAAAUUCUUUGGGCUUACCGAGACAGGAGAACUGGACCAAAACACCAUAGAAACAAUGAAGAAGCCACGUUGUGGUAAUCCAGAUGUAGCCAAUUAUAAUUUUUUCCCUAGAAAACCAAAAUGGGAGAAAAAUCUUGUCACCUACAGGAUUUUAGGCUACACUCCAGACCUGGACUCUGAAACGGUGGAUGAUGCAUUUGCACGAGCCUUCAAAGUCUGGAGUGAUGUCACACCACUGGAAUUCUCCCGAAUUCAUGAUGGAGAAGCAGACAUCAUGAUCAAUUUUGGACGAUGGGAGCACGGUGAUGGAUAUCCGUUUGAUGGCAAGGAUGGGCUUCUUGCACAUGCCUUUGCACCCGGGCCGGGGGUUGGAGGAGACUCCCACUUUGACGAUGACGAGCUUUGGACUUUGGGAGAAGGACAGGUUGUUAGGGUGAAAUACGGCAAUGCAGACGGCGAAUUCUGCAAAUUCCCAUUUCUGUUCAAUGACAAAGAAUACAACAGCUGCACAGACUCAGGACGUAGCGACGGUUUCCUUUGGUGUUCGACAACAUACAACUUUGAUACAGAUGGCAAAUAUGGAUUCUGCCCCCAUGAGUCACUUUUCACGAUGGGUGGAAAUUCGGAUGGGCAGCCAUGCAAGUUCCCCUUCAAAUUUCAAGGUAACACUUACGACAGUUGUACAACGGAAGGAAGACAAGAUGGAUACAGGUGGUGUGGAACCACUGAAGAUUAUGACCGCGAUAAGAAAUUUGGAUUCUGUCCAGAGACAGCCAUGUCAACAGUUGGUGGAAAUUCAGAAGGUCAGCCCUGUGUUUUUCCUUUCACAUUCCUGGGAAAUAAGUAUGACUCCUGCACCAGCUCCGGUCGUCAGGACGGGAAGAUGUGGUGCUCCACAACCAGCAACUAUGAUGAAGACCGCAAGUGGGGAUUUUGUCCAGACCAAGGCUACAGUCUUUUCUUGGUUGCUGCUCAUGAAUUUGGACAUGCUAUGGGACUAGAACAUUCUGAAGAUCCUGGAGCACUCAUGGCUCCUAUCUAUACCUACACCAAGCACUUCCGACUUUCCCAGGAUGAUAUCAGAGGAAUCCAGGAACUUUACGGGGGAUCCACUGACACUGGCCCGGGUCCAAGCCCUACACUUGGACCAGUCACCCCUGAGCUCUGCGGCCAAGACAUUGUCUUUGAUGCUGUGGCUCAAAUCCGAGGGGAAAUCUUCUAUUUCAAAGACCGAUUCAUCUGGAGGACAGCGAACCAACGAAACAGACCCACUGGCCCUCUGCUCGUUGCUACGUUCUGGUCGGAGGUGCCAGAAAAAAUUGAUGCUGUGUAUGAGGCCCCUCAAGAGGAGAAGACCGUCUUUUUUUCAGGGAAUGAAUAUUGGGUGUAUUCAGCCAGCACCUUGGAAAGAGGGUAUCCAAAGAGACUAACCAGUCUGGGGCUGCCUCCUGAUGUCCAGCGGGUCAACGCAGCUUUCAACUGGAGCAAAAACAAGAAGACCUACAUUUUCGCGGGGGACAAAUUUUGGAGGUACAAUGAAGUAAAGAAGAAAAUGGACCCGGGCUUCCCUAAAUUAAUUGCAGAUGCUUGGAAUGGCGUUCCAGACAACUUAGAUGCUGUGUUGGAUGUGAGCGGAAGCGGUCACAGCUACUUCUUCAAGGACUGGUACUAUCUGAAAUUGGAAGAUCAGAGCUUAAAGAUCGUUAAAGUUGGCAAUGUGAAAACCGAUUGGCUGGGUUGCUGAGCUAUAGACCUCUUAAGAACAAAGACAACCAUUUACACUUUUUUUUAAAAAAAUGUAUAGUAAAAGUCCUCUGUCUUACCCCGAAUAGAGAUAGAUCUGUAUGCUAUUUCAAGGGCCAGUCUGGUACUGGUUCCAAGUCACUAAGUACCACUCACUACUUGACACAAAUGCUUCCUUGGAACACAUGACGGAGUGCAUUUACUUGGAAGCACCUUCUGUCGGAUGCACAGGAUUUUCUUCUAAGGAGAUGCAUUUAGGGUUAGGAGCACCAGGCGCAUGAUGGCGUUUCAUCUUCUUAUUUUUUCAUUUAUUAAUUUAAGACAUUUGAAAUACCACAGAAGAAACUUCCUUAGGUAACCUGAGAUGUGGCCCGGUGUUCUCAUUUUCAGGCUAUCAGAAGUCUGAAUGUGUCCACAUAUAAAUGCAGUUUCCCUACAUGUAGAAAGCUAGCAUGUCAGGAAGAAAGCCUGGAUCAAACCAUCUCCCUGAGAUGUUUGUUAUCUAAUAUGCAGGGAUGAGAACGUCCACGUGUUUGAUUCAAUGUCGGAAGCCUGGCUGGCACAGUCAAACAACGCACGGAAUGGGGGACAUUGUCACUUACUUCUUAGUCACUUAGUUUUUAAUUCCUUGAACUUCCAUGGAUUUCAAGAAAUUCCAUGGAUUUCAAGACCACCUGAAAUCCACCAAAUUGCAAGAGGUCUCACUUUUGCAGCCAGAAUGAAACUGUACUUGCAUUCCAGAUCUGAAAAUUCCAAAGUUGGACUCAGGAUCCCCAAAUUUAGAACAUCUAACAAUCCGAAAGCUGAAUUUUGAUCUCCCAAGUCCCCCUCCCUUCCACCACACUUCCAAGAUUCUCAGAUUUGAGGAAAUGGAACUAGUAUUCUUCUCUAAGAACGUGUAAGCGCACUGUUGGACACCUAGAUUGCCAAAGAACCUAGGUCUUGCGUGCUUCAGAUGGUCAGAGCCAUAGUUUCAGUUGUAAACACAAUUCACAUUUCUUUUCAUCCCCAAUCUCCAUUCCAUGCUUUAUAGCCUCUUCCACCUUUCCGAUAUGUUUCUGCAACUGCCCCUCAUCCCAGGAAGAGAGAGCUGGCCCUGAUUCAAAGGAAUGACUCAUGGGCAUGGGCAGUUCUGCAUUUCGGACUUAAAACAUGGCACCAGCAUGUCUCAAAGAUGCGCUUAUCCCUGGCCACCCUCUGUGUGGUCAUUGGUCACAGCCUUCCCAGGUCGCAAGAGCCCAGACUCUGGCCUUACGCUCCAGGCUGAGAUAUCAGCUUGCAGAAUAUUUGCAAAACCCAUAAGUCAGAUUUCAGAAUUUUAAACGUAGCUUUUGAAUUAGCCCUUGUCCUCUCCAAGUUGCAGCUGGACCAGGCAGUAUUCGGUUCAGAUUUGCCAAAACAAAGCACCUCUCUCUCUCUUUCGGUGAGUCACACCAUCUUUCCCAUUCCCUGGAAGUCUGACGUAGGAGGCACCGGUUGCCUGGGGAUUUUGCCUUAAGUGUUGAAACAUGAUGGAGUCAUGGAAAUAAACUUGUAUGAAAAUGAUUGUUUUAAAGUUCUUUUCUGAUGUUUGAAUGCUUUGACUUAAAAUUAGCAAUCGGCUUCAUGCACUUUGUGACUUUCCACAACUUUUUUGUUGUUAAUGGACAGACUGGCUCAGAUCAAUGGGCAGAAUCGAAUGGGGCCCAUACGCACCUACCAAUUCACUCGUACCCUGCCAAAAUCUGCAAACAGUGCCCCCUGCUGGCGAACAGAGAUAUAGCAGUUGGGAAUGAAUGAACUAACACGAUCAUUUCUGGAAGUAAGCAGGCCGGUAGAGUCUGUGCAGACCUGCUCCCAUUGACUACAGGGAUCCCCUGGGAAACAUCACAUCUCUGUUGCACAAGAGUUAGUUCCAUUUGUGCAGGAGAAUCCACCACGGUAUCUGCAGGGUGCAAGAGAAUUAGUGGAGGUGUAAGUACCUGUCAGAUUCUCCCUGACAUGUUAUAUAGAAAUGCCAAGUUUGGGCAUUUAACUGUUUUAGUUUUUCUGCUGUUUAUUAUAUCAAGAUGGUUUCUUCUUUCUCUUCUCUCUUUCUCUUUCUCUUUUCCUUUUUUUAGAUUUAAAGCAUUGGGCAAUGCAAAGUUUUUUGUUGUACAACCUGAUGGAAUGUUUAUGUUGAAACACAGAAGUUUUAAGGGAAAAUAAAACUGCAUACAUGAAAUGCCAGUGGUAUAAAUAAAGAAAAAAAUCCCAUCUUU